AUGGGGACAGCCGCGGCUGGUGGCUGGGCCCGGCUCGAUCAAUAUACGAGUAUUGCUCAAGGAAGACACAAGACGCAAAACAUUCAUGAACAGACUUUGCAGCAGCCAGAUACCACGCCGAAGUUCAGUAUCGUGUGGAGCUCAACAGGUGCCAACUGCUUACCGGUCCUCGCCCUUGUCGUCGAAGGCCUUCUUCAGUGUACUCUGGAGCCUAAAAAUCCAAUCCUUAAGCGACGUUUCGUUUCUGAUGGGCUUCGCCGUCUCGUCCGCGACUUCGGCGCACCUAAUGUCAACCCAGAUCUGUUUACAAAAGGCAAUGUUCUCUGUUCUCUAAUCUCAACCGCCUACUGCUCGCUAUGCGACAAGGAGAUCAAGCAGGGCGACAAGACGAGGAACCGGUACACAAAAGACGGGUACACGCGCGCCCUUUUGAAAUGCUUCCAGGUGGAACGGCGGCAAGCUCGUCGCCAGUUCCUCCCCGCAUACCCAAAGGCCUGCGCAAGGUGUCGUUAUCAUGGGAGAGAUGCGAAAUGCGAUGGGAAGACGCCAUGUAACGAGUGUAUGAGCAGGCAAUAUGGCAAGCGUCGCCUCUGCAAAUACGGCAUCGACUGCGGAACUGUCCUCCGAACUGAUGUCUCUGAAGAAGAUGGUGUCCCUAAAGACGAGAAGUGCAUUCGCUGUCUGAAGUGGGGGGCGAAAUGUAAUGGGAAGCAUCCGUGUGGUGUGUGCGCUCGACGCGGCGAUAAAUGUGCGUACAAAGAACCCGACUUACCAGCUGACCAAGUAUCCAUGGAUCUUGCAGACGACGACUGGAUCGCUUGGGAAGUGUCGCGUGACGAAGCAGAUACCUCUUGCUGGGGUUUCGUCGUGGAGGAAGACCGGAGGUCUUGGUUUUCGAAGAGUGAAGCAGAGCGUAAGCGCCUCAACAAUGAGGCGGUGUCCAAUGGGUUCGAUCAGGAACCACUCAUUGCCAUAGGAGCUCCGGUCGUGGCGUGGGCCUGGAGGUCUGGACCGCAAUCUCCGGGUGGGCAACAUUCACCACGCCCACAGCCGGUACGCUCACUAAAUCCUCCAAGUUCGUAUGAUGAGGUCGGGCAGAAGAGCAGAAUUCGGGUUUGGAAGGGAGGGCCGAUGCGAACGUCAUGA